GCCGGCGUGGAGGGCAUCAUAGAGCAGGAUAUUGCCUCGCACGACGUCUUUAUCUACAUGAAGGGCGUGCCCCAGGCGCCCAUGUGCGGCUUCAGCAACAUGGCAUGCGCCAUCCUCAACCUCUACGGCGUGGAGUAUGGCUCCCGCAACGUGCUGGCAGACCCGGAUGUGCGGGAGGGCGUGAAGAAGUUCACCGCCUGGCCCACUAUCCCGCAGAUCUUCAUCAAGGGCGAGUUUGUGGGCGGCAGCGACAUCCUGCACGAGAUGCACCAGAAGGGGGAGCUGAAGAAGGCGCUGGAGGGCUGCAAGACGGAGGAGUAG